AUGCAUGUUCCUUGGGAUAAUGUACCAGAGUUAGUAGAGAAUAAGGAUAAUGUAUCAGAGUUACUAGAGAAUAUGGAUAAUGUACCAGAGUUAGUAGAGAAUAUGGAAAAUGUACCAGAGUUAGAAGAGAAUAUGGAUAAUGUACCUGAGUUAGUUGAUAAUAUGGAUAAUGUACCAGAGUUAGUAGAGAAUAUGGAUAAUGUACCAGAGUUAGUAGAGAAUAUGGAUAAUGUACCAGAGUUAGUAGAGAGACAACUAACUGCCGCAUAUACUGGACCCCAAACUGUGGAAGACAACUGCCAAAUCCUAAAAGUAUCUCAAGAGGACCGUGGGAACUCAAGAUGUUUCAAUGAACCUGAAUGCCAUCAAGAGUGUGGACUUGUCAAUACCCAGUGGUGUGAGACAACCAGUAGGAAACAAUGUAAGACGUAUAAUCAACAGCAAUGUAAAACUGUACAAAAAGAAAAGUGCGGAAUUGUACCAGAACAAGAGUGUACAACCGUACAUGAGAAUGUUUGUACAACAGAAUAUGAAGAGCAGUGCAGUACAGUUCCUGAACAGCAGUGUACAGUUGUGUACGAGGAACAGUGUUCAACUGCAUACGAAGACGAGUGUAAAACCGUGACUCAGCAGCAGUGUUCAGUUGUUCAAGAAAACAAAUGCUCUGUAGUUUAUGAUGAGCAGUGCGGUACAGUGACUGAACAGGAGUGUAGUGUUGUUACUGAACAACAGUGCACUAACGUACCGGAACAACAGUGUACAACGCAUCUUGAACAGGAGUGCCGGCCUGUAAACCGUCAAGAGUGCCGAACAGUACCAGAACAGAAGUGCCACUCAGUCCCCACUCCUGUCUGUACACCAGUCACCGAACAGGAAUGCCAUGUUUUACAGGAAGAAAAAUGUACAAUUGUACAGGAAAAGGUUAGAAGAAUAAAAUCGUAAAGGGAGUGUAUGAAAAAAUUGAAUA